AUCCUGUAAUUCCGGAACCGGAAGUCGGAUCAAUUAGAAAUUCAACAGCAGCCAAUGAGAAUGCUGUACCAUUUCAUUUGUGGUCGAAGUGCCUUCGAAUAACACCCCUCAAUAUGACGGCAGUAGAGGUUCAUUCAGGUUAUAAAUUCUAUGGGAAGGCAACGGAUCCUGAUAAAAAAAUCGUUUUGAACCACCUCAACAUGAGCGUCACUAGAGGCUCAAUUUAUGGACUUCUUGGAGCAUCAGGCUGUGGAAAAACUACGCUUCUAUCAUGCAUUGUAGGUAGAAAGUUUUUAAAUGAUGGUGAAAUCAACGUCUUAGGCGGCACACCAGGAUCACCUGGUUCCGGUGUCCCAGGGCCACGAAUAGGAUAUAUGCCACAAGACAUAGCGCUCGUAGAAGAAUUUUCCAUCAAAGAAACAAUAUAUUAUUUCGGUCGAAUAUACGGAUUGGCCACGGAGCGAAUAAGAGAGCGGUAUAAAUUACUUAAAGAAUUGUUAGAGCUACCACCAGAUGACCGGCACGUUGGAAACUGCAGUGGAGGUCAGCAAAGGCGAGUAUCCUUCGCAGCUGCCAUGGUCCAUGAACCAGAACUGUUGAUCUUGGACGAACCAACUGUGGGUCUUGACCCACUGCUUCGAGAGCGAAUAUGGCAGUAUUUAGUCGAUACAACAUGUACAAGCAAAUUGGCUGUGAUUAUUACUACGCACUAUAUUGAGGAAGCAAGACAAGCUUCUUGUAUUGGGUUGAUGCGGAAUGGUAUUUUGCUUGCGGAGGACUCACCAACAAUGAUUUUGGAACGAUUCAAUUGUUCCAACUUGGAAGAUGCAUUUCUUACACUAUGCAAAAAACAUGGCCCUUCUGAAGAAGCAGAUACAACCACACACCAGUCACACACGAUAGGUAGCUUAAAAUCGAUCGAAACAGUUGAAGAUAAUGGCUCUGAUAUAAAGAAAACCAUCCCUCCCUUGCCAUCGCCGAGUGAUGAAAAAAGGGAGAUUGGUCGAACUUUGUACGAAGAAAGUGGAACAAUCGCAAAAACCAUAAAAGAGCUUAUGAGCUUCACAACGAAACGAAGAAUGAAUGCACUGCUCUAAAACUACUUACAAAUGAUCCGGCAGCCUGCUGGAAUGGUAUUUCUGUUCCUUUUCCCAAUAUUUCAGUUGGUAAGUUUUUACGUAGCUAUAGGUGGCGAUCCAAAGGAACUUCGAUUAGGCAUUGUGAACGACGAGGUCAACAACAUUCAAGAAUGUUUCAACAAAUCAUUGAUCACUACCUCAUUCCAUAGCGAUUACGAAUGCGAUCUUUUUAAGGCAUCCUGUCGGUUUCUGGAACAUCUCAAUCGGACUGUUGCAAUACAGGAAUAUUACGUCGAUUUUGAAAGUGCUUUCCGAGCUGCCAAAAGUGGUAAAGUUUGGGGCUUUAUUUACUUCAAAGACAAUUUUACGGAAUCUUUACAAGAUGUGAGAGACAAUGUUCGCGAUGCAAACCCGGGUUCUUUCCUAAGUUCAGAAAUUAAAGUCUAUCUGGACAAAUCGGAUCAACAAGUGACAUUCUACCUGGAGAAAAAAUUGCUUGAAACAUAUAAGCAUUUUGCCGAGACCCUGAUGACAGAGUGUAACCUACCAAAACAGCUGGCAAGCAUCCCAAUGAGCUUUGAAGAACCCGUGUAUGGAACUUUCGAUGAUGAAUUCACCUCUUUUAUGGCCCCAGGAGUAGUCAUGACAAUGAUCUUCUUCCUAGCCACACUGAUCACAGCAACGAUAUUUAUCUCUGACCGGCUAGAGGGUAUAUGGGAUAGAACAUUAGUUGCAGGCAUCACGGCGCUCGAGUUACUACUAGCACAUAUAAUUACGCAAACAUCGAUUAUGCUGUUGCAAUGUGUUGAAAUUAUUCUACUCGCGACGUUCGUUUUUGACGUGCAGAAUCAGGGGAGCAACGUAACAGUCGUUGGUCUGCUGAUGCUGUUAGGCUUCGCUGGAAUGCUAUACGGCCUCUUGAUAUCAAUCUUUUGCGAUGCCCACUCAACAGCAAAUUUUAUGGCUACGGGCAGUUUUUAUCCAAUGAUCAUAAUGUGCGGAAUCUUGUGGCCCCUAGAAGGUAUGCCUCAGUACCUGCAAUAUCUGGCAUACUGCUUCCCUUUUACAAUCCCUUCGAUGGCGGUACGAAAUGUUCUUUCUAAAGGAUGGAGCAUAACCAAUUCCAAAGUAUACAUGGGCUACGGAGCAGUCGGCAUAUGGAUACUCAGCCUGUUGCUGCUAUGUUUAAUAGGGCUAAAGGUUAAAAAAUAAUUUUUUGCAGGUAGAACAUUCACAAAAAACCCUUUUCCUGGCUGAAUGAAUAGCAUUUUAGGAUUACUUUGAAUAAGCCUUGUGUAUAUAAUUAUUGUCAUUAUAGUAACUCAAGUUACCCCGAUUGGUUAUUCAAUCGAGAUGUAAAUGCUAGUGAUACUGUUCAAAUAUGUUAAUGAAAGCUAUUUGAUACGGGUUUGGAACGAAAUGGCAAAAAAACAAUAUGAAAUUCGACACAUUCCGGACAGCCUUUGGUGAUAUACAAAAAAUAAUUGGUUCUUUAAACUGUAUGCUGUUUUUAAGCCUUUUGAGAUGCAGAUUAUUGUAAAGAUAUAUGCUAGGAUUGCCGUUAUUUUUGCUAUGUAAAAAUUUUGUCCAUCGCGGAUCAUAAAUCAUUAGAUCAAAGGAAAAUUUUGGAUAUUUCAGGGAAAAUAAUCAAUAUUAACACGUGCCCCAAAGUGAUUAAGAUUUGACUUAAGAAAAAAAUAAUUUUUUUUCAUGCGUUUUACAUGAAAACUCAUAACAUGUUGCAAAAUGUUUGAAAAUUUUUGAAAUUUGGUGGAGUUUGAGCACAUGAUACAAGGUUUCAAACGUAUUUUUUCGCUUAGUAAAAAAAUUAAAAAUUAUCUGUUUUGAAAAUGCACAGACUUCUGGUUCCCUUUUUUUUCAUUUUUUCUUUUAUUAUUUUAUUUAAUUUUUUUUAGUUUGUUCAGAUGAACUGGCCUUAAACAUACGUAGUCAAACUUUUAUUUAUUUUUUUGUGCAAUUAAAGCUGUACGCACUCGAGGCGACUGGACACGCGCCAGGCCAAUUCACUAUGGAUUUCAUUCUAGCUAUUCCAACGCGGCAACAACAACAGCGUUGGGAUAGGUAGAACAAAGUUAAUAGUAAAUAGGGCAAAGGGUAUAAUACGCUCCACUGGAGCAAAACACCCCACUUGUAUUCCUAGGACACCAGAAUUAUUUGAAAUGUAAAAAUUACUGAUAACUGUAUAAUUUCAUGAAAUUAACGCAAUAAGUUAGUUUGACAUUUUUAGUAUUUCGCAUAACAAAAAUGUACGUAAAUGUUUCAAAAGAGCCUUUUUCGUUGUAAGUUUCCCCUGAUUUUCUACAAGCACCUCAACCAAUUGGGAAGAGUGAGAUUUGGACUACAGUGAAGAUCCGAUUUUAUCAGCUUUUUUAUAUUUUGUUAGCCUCAUAUGAAAAUUGGUAGUUUGACGGGCUCUGGCAGACGAAUCAAGUUGAUUGCGAGUAAAUCCUUUCCUGAGCAUAUUUUUUAUCUUAGAUAUCCAAAAUAUGCCAAAAUAUUUUUUUCAAUUUAAAGGAAAUUUAAACUAAAUAAUCAGAAAUGGUUUUGAGGCUAUAUCUAGGGAUUAAAGAGCAAUAUUUUAAGAGCUUCGGCUUAGUUAUAAGCAAGAAAAAUAUAUGUCCCAAUAUUGUCAAAGUCUCCGUUUUAGUAGCCCAAAGUUCGCCACGGGGCCUAUAAAAACAGGUAUUCUGUAUUUCGAGCAACUUAAUAGAAUAUAUUUGUUGUUCGACUGUGAUUUCAGCUUAAUGAUUGGCUUUCUAAGUCUUGUAUGUAUAAAUCAAAUGACUUGGUUUUGAAUUAUCAGCUGGAUAAUUCAAAACCAAGUCGUUUGAUUUAUAUAUACAAGACUUAGGAUUGGCUUUCUAAGUCUUGCAUAGAAUAUAAAAAUUCAAAUAUAAGUUUUUGAAAUGGUUUGAAAAUAUGUGUGCGCAUAGAAUUAUUCAUGUUUUCACAACAGCUCAUCACCGGACAAAACGCCUCACUAAUUUCUGGAUGAUAUGCUCCAUUAUUGCACAACGGCAAAGUGACUGUUGAGCCAAUUAUGACCUUAAAAAAACAGCAAUACUGAUUUACUUAGUAAAUCAAAGUUACAAUAUAUGACCUUUUUAGCAAGAUAAACAUUUCAAUAAUUCGAUUAGGGCAUAUAACCGUAUUGUUGUAGGGCAUAUUCACCGAUUACAGUGGAUCAUACUAUCCUUUUGUGGUAUGGCAUACGCAUAUUACAUUGAAACUGGGUGCAUUGCGCCCGGAGUGAGCGAAGAAACUAGAAGAAGAAACUAGAAUCCUGAGCUUGAGUUUGUGCUGCUACUCCGUUAUCGAUCUGGACUAGCUGAAGUUGCACAGGGAAUAAGAAGAAUAAUUAUGCUUGGGAGUAGCAAAACAUCUUUCAACGUGCAACUCCUGGUAAUCCUAAAGUGUGUAUAAUACCGGCGCCGGCCAGGCCCGAACGUAGAAACCAUGUCAACUGAAAUGAGUGGCGGUCACGCUUAUCACUCAACCACCGGCGCUGUAGAAGAAACUAGAAUUUGAGCAUCUUUGAAAAACGUGUAUAUUUUAAUUUGCAUGCUUUCAACAAAUCGGCACGCCGCCGAUGCAUUUUUCCCGCGCCGAUAAUUCGCGAACUCUAAAAUUGUUGACUCAUAAUUUUAUCCACAAAUCUAGGAACAUUGUCUAUGGACCGAAUAUACGACGUUAACUGAAUGUUGAUUUAUCACAUCUUGAUCAUUAUUUGGUAUUAGUGGUCGUCAAUUGGAUUACAAAAUUAAAAUAAUCUUGAUAUUUUCUCGAAACCCAUUACACGACACUCGUUAUAUAAUUCAAAGAUCCAUUCAUGCUUCGUCAACUGGUUAUGAUUGUGAGCAUAUAAGUUUCAAUUCACCAUUCGUGUGCGUGAAAUGGUCCACAAAUUAAAAAAAACUUCCACUUUCAAGAUAUAUGUGUCUAAAAUUUACGAUUAUGUGCCUGAUCCUAAUCUUUGCACGUAAUCAAUUUCACUGGAACGCAGUGUAUUAUUCAUUGAUUUUUUAACCGAUUCUUAAUUCCUAAUAUGCUACACACGAUUCACCAGUCGUGUUCAUGAUGCAAUUCAUGAAGUAAUUAAUUUUCCACAUAAUCUUAUUAUACUUACGUAAACAAUUACAAGGGACUCAGACUAUUAUUCAUGGAUUAUUCGCUCUGCUUUUUGGUUUUGAAAUUUCUAUGUGAGCUAUUGUGUACAACUGCUAGCAACCAGUUUCAUAGGCACGAACAUUAGAUACAAAGACAUUACUAGGACCUGUAACCCUGUUAUUCCUUUGUUAAAAUUCAGAGAAAUGUUCGGAAUUAAAUGAAACUGCGCUGAGCAAAAUACAUUACCUAGCCACAAUUCAUGUCCGUGAAAUAAUUUAGAAACCUAUAAGACACGUGACUCUGUGUAAAAAAUCCAACGGUAAGCUCAAAACUAAAAUAUCACGAUAACACGACGAGAAUUUACGAAAAUCGUUGCACGUCGUUCAAUUCUUGACUGUUUUAGUCAAUAAAGUUAAUACAAAUCAAUGUUUCAUCGAGUUAUGAAUUAGAAAAAACAGUCGAUUUCAAUUACAAAUCGGUGGCGUUAGUGAAGAGAUUUUGACACAGAGCUAAAUGCGUUACUUAGUUUCCGCACCCACCCGAAAACGUUACGGUCUUUUUAAUCUCAUGCAAACCAAAACAAACAAUAUGGGACGGAAAUGUGAAAUUCAUUUUGUCGAAGUGCCCAAGGUGGGAGUUGUUCACAACCAUUUCUUAAGUUACAACACGAUGCCGAUUGUUGAGUAAGCACAUAACAGGAUGUUAGUAAUUUAAUUGAUUCGGUGUAUCGAAUGUAUGCAAUGGAUUAGAAUUUGUUGGUCCCCGGAACUGCUGGAGAAAUUGGUGGGGUGCAGGUGCUACGAAAACUAGAGAUACGCUCAGACCAUUUUCAAUCAGACUUGUUUAGUGAUCAGUUUCAACCUAACAGGAGCUAACACGUCAAGUCGUGGAAUGAUUAUGAUUGAUAGUAACUGUAUAUUUAGGUUUCGUUAGGGUGUAGAUCUGUAUGAUUCCAGCACAUCGAGCAUACUUUGCACUCAAGAUAGAAGCAGACCGUACGUUGUAAGAAAAUGUAGUGCCAGGGAAUCGUAUUCUUUAUCAUCGUGGCGAUUUUGUACUUACAAGAAGUAAAAGUUGUGCCUAUCAAAUAAACGAAAUGAAUAAAAAAAAAAGAAGUAAAAGUAAACACCAGCCUGGAAAAUGAAGUAAUGUGUCUACCUUG